GAGCCAUUCAGUGCCCCUGCGACUCACUGCUGGGCUCCUCCGCCCCGAAGGCCCCCCGAAGCUCAGCGCAGGGCAGGGUGCUCGAGCCCGCCAGCACAUCUGUGCGCUCCGCCUCUCGUCGAUCCCAGGUUCUGCUCCCCGCGGCUUUCUCCCCUCAAGUCAGACGCAGCCCCUGCCAGAGACGUGGGCAUCGAGAUGAAGGCGGCCCGCUUCGUGAUGCGUGGCGCCGGCUCGCUGAGCGGCGCCGGCCUCGUCCCCCGCGAGGUCGAGCAUUUCUCGCGCUACAGCCCGUCCCCGCUGUCCAUGAAGCAGCUGCUGGACUUCGGUUCCGAAAACGCAUGUGAAAGAACUUCUUUUGCAUUUUUGCGACAAGAAUUGCCUGUGAGGCUAGCCAAUAUCCUGAAGGAAAUUGAUAUUCUCCCUGAUCCAUUAGUGAAUACAUCUUCAGUGCAAUUAGUUAAAAGCUGGUAUAUCCAGAGCCUGAUGGAUUUGGUGGAAUUCCAUGAGAAAAGCCCAGAGGACCAGAAAGCAUUGUCAGAUUUUGUAGAUACUCUCAUCAAAGUUCGAAACAGACACCAUAAUGUAGUUCCUACAAUGGCGCAAGGAAUCAUAGAGUAUAAAGAUGGCUGUACAGUUGACCCAGUCACCAAUCAAAAUCUUCAGUAUUUCUUAGAUCGAUUUUACAUGAACCGUAUUUCUACUCGGAUGCUGAUGAACCAGCACAUUCUUAUAUUUAGUGACUCACAGACAGGAAACCCAACCCACAUUGGAAGCAUUGAUCCAAACUGUGACGUGUCAGCAGUGGUCCGAGAUGCCUUUGAGUGUUCAAAGAUGCUUUGUGAUCAGUAUUAUUUAACAUCUCCAGAAUUAAAGCUCACUCAAGUGAAUGGGAAAUUUCCAGGCCAACCAAUUCACAUUGUGUACGUCCCCUCUCACCUUCAUCAUAUGCUCUUUGAACUAUUCAAGAAUGCAAUGAGGGCAACAGUUGAACACCAGGAAAAUUGGCCUUCCCUGACACCAAUUGAGGUGAUUGUUGUCUUGGGAAACGAAGAUCUUACAAUUAAGAUUUCAGACAGAGGAGGUGGUGUUCCCCUGAGGAUCAUUGACCGCCUCUUUAGUUACACGUACUCCACGGCACCAACGCCUGUGAUGGAUAAUUCCCGGAAUGCUCCUUUGGCUGGUUUUGGUUAUGGCUUGCCAAUUUCUCGUCUCUAUGCCAAGUACUUUCAAGGAGAUCUGAAUCUCUACUCUUUGUCGGGAUAUGGAACAGACGCUAUCAUCUACUUAAAGGCUUUGUCUUCUGAGUCUGUGGAAAAACUCCCAGUCUUUAACAAAUCAGCCUUCAAACAUUAUCAGAUGAGUAGUGAGGCUGACGACUGGUGUGUCCCAAGCAAGGAACCAAGGAACCUGGCGAAGGAAAAAGUGGCCAUGUAAAGAGGGGCACACUGGACACUUUAAGGGAUCAAAGUGGGUCCAUGCCAGUGCUGCUUCCUGAAUGUUUGCGUGUGUACUUUUGUCUCCUCAAAAACAAACAGCAGCAAAAUCUCCUUGAUCAGUACAUUGAUGAGAAGAGGAACAGCUCGUUUCUAUGACCCAGGAGAGCAUAUUGCGGGAUUUACAGAUGGCUGCCUCUUUAUUCUUUAACUUAGAAUAACUCAAGUUUAUAUCAAAUCCUGAAGAAGAAAUAAGCCUGUUUUCCAUUUGUUUAUCAAAAAGAAUGAGAAAAGGAGUGAAAUGAAGAUGUACAGUAGCAGUUUCAAUAGACUGAUAUUUUAGGCCUCUGGUUGGUAUCAUAAGAUACUGAUAUUUAUUGAAUAUCAAGUGUCAGUAUAGCUGUAUUUUCCGACAGUCAAAGGAUGGGGACUUGGUUUGCACUAUAUGGUUAGAAAUGUACAUCCUGUAUAUAUCUGUGCACUUUAGGGAGGAAAAGCUGGUGAUUAAAGGAACAUUCCGUUUGAAUGAGGAGGGAGUCAAAACGUUUUAUUCGAAGGUGCAGCCAAGGCAUUGGGCCUAUGUAAAAACUCAGAAGAAAGCCUCUUCUGAUAAAUAAAGUGCCUUUAUUAUGCUGCUUUUCCUGUUCACACUUCACAUGAUACGUGAACACUGAUUGCCAGGUGCCUAGUCUUGGUGAAUUUUAAAAUAUGCACUGAAUUCAGAAAGUUGUGGUUGUAGGGAGAGAGGAAUUGCCAAAAUGAUAGAAAAAUAUCUCUCACCUUGUUUUGUCUAUAAAUUGGAAAAACCAAUGUUAGGAAAAGAAAUCACGCAUUUAAAACCUAACUCAGUAGAAAGGACCUUUCUCUACCUUGCAGUGGUGGUAAUCUAAAGGCAUCCAUUUUCUAGGCUUAAAAAGAUGUGUUUUUAUAUAUUUAAUUAUAUUUGCUACACUCCAGCAUUAACAUGUCUGUAAAGAAAAUUCCUAAUUAUCAAGUGGCUCAAGAACAUUAGAAUUUAAAUACUUCUUGGAGUAUUUUUGAAAAACAGCCUGGGAGCAAGAGGUUUCAUGCCAGGAUGCUUUCAUUUGUGAAUCAUUGAGAUUGAGAGCUGAUGAAUGAAAGCUGUAAUGUCUAUGCAACUUUUGGGAAGUUGAGGAAUAAUAUGCAGGUUGACAGGCCAGUCUAGCACAUUACUCUUAGAGAAGGAAUGGGAAAACAAAAGAAGGAAAGCGGAAGGAAUGAAAGAAGAAGGAAGUAGAGAGAGGGAGAGAAGCAGAAGGCAGGCAUCUUGCUAUAUUCCCCACAAAUUACUUCAAGAAAUGAUCCAUAUUUUCAUGGAUAAAUUAUUGGCAAGAGGAUGAAUUGGUGUCUUUCAAAACGGUAUGUCUUCUUUGAAUGACUCUCUCGCUCUUGCAAGAUAAUAGGCUUUUGUGAGAUAAUGAACUCAUCUAUUUCAAAUUAAUAAUUAGACGGGAGUACAGAAAAAAUUAGAAUUGUCUGCAUUGUAGGAUAAUCAGUCCUGUCUAUAUGUUGAAUUUAACGUUUGUGUUUAAUUUUAUCACGGCCUGGUGUUGUGAUGCUUCUGGUAGUGGCCAGAGAAGCCUCAAAUUGCUUGUUGUGGAUUUCAGAAGUCCUAGACAGUGACUUUUCUUGAAGGUGGGACUCUGGCUCAUCCAUUAAUUGAUUACACAAAACUAUUUGCAAUAGGUUAUUUGACUUUUCAGUUUUUACUCAAAUUUAAACUUUUUUGCGUGUAAAUACUUUUAUUUACCAAAGAUUUAAAGCAGUUGAUUAAUUAAUUAACCCAAACACUGUGAACUAUCUUUAAAACACUAGAGAAAAAGAAAAGUUGGUAUCUCAAUAACAUCAGCUGUGUAAAUGGAGUUCUGUAAAAUAGAAACCGUCUACAUUGGUAUUUGCAAAAUCUGUGAAGAGCUUUAGGAUUCUAGUGGACAGAUACUGAAUGUUCAGGCACAUUUAAAUUAUUAAUGUAUAAAUUGUGUUUUUAUCUCCAAGCUAUGUACAAAGAAAUGUGAUAAUUUUUAUAAUAAAUAUUUUUUAUUAUAAUGGUA